AUGAGCGCGGAGGCGGCCCAGGCGGGGUCCCGCGCCGGCAAGGCGGCCCCGGGACCCGGCCCGCCGCCACCGCCCGGCAUGCGGCCGCCCGCCGCCCCUCCUCGGACGGCGCCGGAUGGCGGCGGCCUGUUCGGCUGGCUGCGCGGGCGCUGUCUGGGCCGCAGCGCCGCCGUGGACCCGGCGCGGGACAGCUUCCGCGCCAUGACCGGGCUGUACGGCUCCAUCCAGCCCGCCGACUCCGUGUACCUCAGCACCCGCACGCACGGCGCCGUCUUCAACCUCGAGUACUCUCCGGACGGGUCUGUGCUGACAGUUGCUUGUGAACAGACUGAAGUGCUGCUUUUUGACCCAAUAUCUUCAAAGCACAUCAAAACUCUCUCUGAAGCUCAUGAAGAUUGUGUAAAUAAUAUCAGGUUUCUAGAUAAUCGACUUUUUGCAACUUGUUCUGAUGACACUACAAUAGCACUUUGGGAUCUGAGAAAGCUGAACACAAAAGUGUGCACUUUACAUGGUCACACCAGCUGGGUUAAGAACAUUGAGUAUGACACCAAUACAAGACUGCUGGUGACAUCAGGAUUUGAUGGAAAUGUGAUCAUCUGGGACACAAACAGGUGCACUGAAGAUGGGUGUCCCCACAAGAAGUUUUUUCACACCCGUUUUCUUAUGCGAAUGAGGUUGACACCAGACUGUUCCAAAAUGCUGAUCUCUACAUCCUCUGGAUAUCUUCUGAUUUUGCAUGACCUUGAUCUAAACAAAACUCUAGAGGUUGGCAGCUACCCCAUUUUAAGAGCUAGGAGGACUGCAUCAAGUUCAGAUAUAACAUCCUCGAGUCUGUCCAGUCCUCGAGCUGUUGGUUCCCCAUGUCACCAGAGUGAUUCGAGUCCACAGUCUGAGAAACAGAUGUCACGGUCCUCACAGCGAGAAGGUGGAUCACCUAGAAAUAGUUUGGAGGUCUUAACACCAGAAGUUCCUGGUGAGAGAGACCGAGGCAACUGCAUUACAUCCCUACAGCUACAUCCGAAAGGGUGGGCUACCCUUCUUCGGUGCUCAAGUAAUACAGAUGACCAGGAGUGGACUUGUGUCUAUGAAUUCCAGGAAGGUGCCCCCGUGCGCCCUGUCUCACCUCGCUGCUCCCUGCGAUUGACUCACUGCAUUGAAGAAGCCAACGUUGGCCGGGGUUACAUCAAAGAGCUUUGCUUCAGUCCUGAUGGCCGGAUGAUUUCAUCCCCCCACGGCUUUGGGAUCCGCUUGUUGGGGUUUGACGCACACUGCAGCGAACUUGUUGACUGCUUGCCCAAAGAAGCUGGUCCCUUGCAAGAAAUCCGUUCCCUGUAUUCUCACAAUGAUGUGGUACUGACAACAAAGUUUUCUCCAACCCACUGUCAGAUUGCCUCGGGGUGCCUUAGCGGACGCGUUUCUUUGUAUCAGCCAAAGUUCUAGGCGCAUUGUACAUCAGCAGGACUUUCAAAUGUUUGUGUUCUAACUACUUCAGCUUAGUUGAAGUGUGUUCUUUUGGAAAUCCUGUAAAUCCAGAUGAGAUCAUAGUUUAUGUGGUCUCAGUACGUAAUAAUGAUGUGAGUUCCUGGUGCAGCACUGUAUGCAUUUCAUACCGCAUCUGCAAGUCAGGCUCCAUGCGUUGUGUUUUCAGCCUUAUAGGCAGACCUCAGCUGCUUCUGACCUUGUGCCAUCAAGUCAUCGUUCUGUUUGGUUUUGUACUGUAGUACUUGCUGGUAAUUUUCUUCAGCAUGACUUGAAGGGGGCUGUCUGAAAGAAACAUAGAUGGGAUGCAGGUAGGAGCUCAGCCACAAGUCACCCAAGCUUUCCUGGUGCAGCACCUCUCUGUUCCAGAGGACCUCUCCCUUGCUGAAGCUGCCAUACAGUGAUUGUUAGAUAUUGAGCAGGCUUUGUGUGUGCUAGAUUAGUUGGCACAAAAACACAGAAAAAAAUUGUUUUGCAUUAAUUUGUUCGGGUUUUUUUUGUGGUUGGCUAGAAAGUUAGUCAGCUUUCUGUAAUGUUUUGCUGUACUAAAAAAAUCUUUGUAGACUGUUUUUCCUUAAUUAUGUAUCUUGAUAUUAUUGGUAGAAGGAAGCGGCUCCCAGGUAACAGCAGUACAAUUAGGUGACAGCCCCAAGAUGCAACAGGGGAGGUUCAGGUUGGGUGUAAGGAAUAACUUCUCCAGAAGAAUGGCUGAAUGUUGGAACGGGCAAUGGCCCAGGGAGGUGUUGGGAUCACCAUCCCUGGGGGUGUGCAGGAGCUGUGGCACUAAGGAACACGGUCAGUUGGCAUGGCGGGGGUGGGCUGGGCUUGGGCUUGGGAUCUUAGUGGUCUUUUCCAAACAUAAGGAUUGUAUGGUUCUAUGGAUUGAGACAUAGCUGCAUUUUUUUCCUCAGAAUUGAAUCAGAAAUGCUUGAAGCAGAGUAGCAGGAGCUGAAUAGGUAAACCUCUUCUGCUGCAUCCACUGCACAUGAACCUUAGGGAAUGUUUCUUACAGUGUGUAUGAUUAGUCAGCAACUUUUAGUCCUCAGCCAGUAGGAUUUCUUUUGUGGGAAGCUUUCCACAUCAGUUACAUAAACCUUCAUCCUGUGUUGGAGAAUGAGCAGUGCAGAAUUUUUGCUUAAGGCCAUUAGUCUUCUAACUGUUCUGCACCUCAUGUUAUAACAGGAGUUCAUCUUGGGAGUGUCUGUAGCACAACUAGGUAAGUAUUUCUUCACAAGUGUAGUCAGUUUGGGAGCGGAUUAGAACCAUUCCUGUCUAAAGUAAGAUCUAAAGCGUGGAUUUAACUGGGGUAAUCAUAAAAUCUGAAAUGUGAUUUAAGGGUGAACGUUGGCAUACUAAGUACGAAUGCCAAGUUUUAACCCUUAGGUUCAUCACAGGCUCCCAGACACACGAGGUGGGGGGGGGGAUGUCCCCAUAAGCUGGCACAGGCUGCUCAAACACAUUCCAGAGGCUCCAUCUCUGGAGGUCCUCAGGGCAGCCUGGUCCUGUGGGAAGCAUCCCUGCCCAUAGCAUGGUGCUGGGGGCUGGGUGAUCGUUAAGGAUCUGUGCUACAAUUUUAAAUUUUCAGUGAAUUUUUAUUUAAAAAAAAAAAAACAAAAAAAAAAACAGAACAACCAACAGGAAAAAAAAGUCUUCAGUAAUGGGUGUUUGGUAAUCUGAGGACUGGUUAGUUACCUCCUGCGUUGGGUUUUCAGUACUUCUAGCGGCUGGCUGCUGAAGGACUGCCUUCAAGUAGCUUAAUGUACAGAACUCCCAUCAAAUUAUCAUCUCAGCUGGAGGAGGAGAGUACCCUUAACUAAUGUGCAGAGCCCGUGGUCUUCUCAGACAACAAAGCGUUAGAACAUUUGCAGACCUUCUGGGCUGUUCUCUUGUUGCUGAGACUGCUGCCUUGAACUCAGAAGAGCAUGGAUGAAGUGACAGAUGAGGGCAUGCCUUAUUUUCCAGAGCAGAGCACCAGUCUUGGUUUCGAACACUUGUCACUUUAGAAUGCUUUUGGAGCUGUGUGUGAGGAGCACAGUUCUCCAGAAGGAUGCUGUUUGUGUGCGUGCAGCUGAACUCUGACAUAACUAACCUUUCCCAUUUCUUUGUGGUAGGUUUUAGCUAGAACUGGAAGAUUGCAGUUAUUUGACUACUCUUUUUCAGCGGUACUCGGAAGUUUUCAGUCAAAUCUAAUAUACUUCACCUGUGAGUUUCAGAAAGCACUUGUAGAAACACUAUUAAAUGAUUUAUGAAUGGGAUGCUGUGGUGUUUCAGCUUGGUGGAAGGAGUGGUAUUCAGGUUUUGUCUUUCUGAAUCAUUACCUUGUGAAGAAAUUUGUUGCUGAGCUUUGGAUUCUCUCCAGUUAGCCAAAACAAGUUACCUUGUUGAAAAAGACAAAUCCUUAACCUUGCACCCUUAGAAUUCUGAAGGUCCCAGACCUGCCUGUCUCAAAUAUAGGAAAUCGUUUUAUAUGAUGUAUUAAAGUCUGCACUAAGAACAAAGUACAGCAGUGGCUUCACAUGUGUUUACUUCUGACCUCUCGAGCGUUAUAGCGCUUGAUAGAUUUUGCAGUUUUUCUGAUCAGGAUGGAGCUCCUUGAUUGUAAAGCAUGCAGAUACGUUUUUUUUAAAUGCAUGGUUUCAUAUUUAUUGAUUUCCACAGUGAAGCUUCACAGUACAGCUGGUCAGCAGAAGCAGAGAGGCUGCGUCACUGAGGUCUCUGCGUGGCACUGUCAGCUCACAGCGGUGUGUGUGGAACCAAACCAGUGUCUGAAGGUAGCUCUCCUUUUGUAAUAGUCCAGUGACUGUCUGUUGUAGGAGUAAAUGCAUUUCCCACCUGCUCCAUUGGAGGUUAGCCUUUGCAUCGUUGUAGCUCUGUUAUGAAUUUGUAGGAAAAGAAAAAGAAACCUUUAAGGGGACUACGAACUGGCAUCCAUGUCUGUGUACUUUUCCUGUGUGUGUAUUUCAGUAUAUCUGCAUCUACUGGGCAUCAUCAGUCCAACAGGGGUAGUUCAGGGAAAAACGUAACCUCCAUCAGAAUUACUGGGGAUAAAGCACAGUGAUACUGACACACAUCUGUUUGCACUCUUUGAGGCUUGGUAAGGACAAUUUGCCUACCACCAGAAUUGGAAUGUAAACGUCAGGUUUUUCUGUGUUUUUUUUGUUGUUGUUGUUGUUGUUUAUUUGGGCAACAGUGAUGUGCAGUAGGUCCCAAUACCACGAAACGUGGACCUGUUGCUCCAUAACUUGCCCUCUUGAAAGCUUUUAAGAAUUCUAGUUUACAAGAUUCUAAGAAGUAGGAGUAAAAGAAGGUUGAGAACCCUAAUAUUUUUGUCCUGCAAGAGAAAGAAACUUCUAAUUUCCUGAUCUUGGUCAAUGGUGCAUUUUCUUAUGCACUAGGUAUCUUCAUUUAAGUGUAAAGUUUUUAAUACUAGAACAAAUUGUGCAUGUAAAUAUUUUGAAAUACCUGAGAUUUCGUAGUAUGAAGUGUAGCCUUUUCAUACAAUAUAAAAGUAUCAGAACUGCUCUGAAUAUAUUGUACUUACAGCCGUACAGUAACUUACUAUUUGUGGAACGUUUUCCUUGCUUGCAUAAUAAAUUAAACAUUUAAUAACUCAGUGAAUUAAAAUCUAUUUUAAUGUAUUUGUCUUACACUGAGCUGUGUUCUGUAACACUCACUGCUUCUUGCCUAUUCACUGGAACUGAGGGGGAAAGAGCCACACUUGGAGUGACAUCUGCAUCUGUGUGUUUCCCUCUGGUGUUGGUUUAGCUUGAGCACAGCUGUAGGAUGGAACGUGUUCUUCCAAGAGCCUAGAAAGCCAGGCCUAGGUGCAGCUACAGUAAUUACGGAUGAUAAUUAUACAGAAGGGCUUGGGUUGGAUGGGACCUCGCAGCCUAAGCAGUUUCAUAGAUUCAGAGUAGUUUGGGUUGGAAAGGACCUUAAGAGAUCAUCUAGUUCCAGCCGCCCUAACCAACUGUACAUGGAAGUGCUGACAGCUGGUGAUGUUUGCAGAUGAGCUCUCCUGGCCUCCAGACAACAGCCUUGAAGUCACAUACCAUUUCCACUCUUGAAUGUCAGCAUGGUGUGGUUGUAAUCAGUUUGAUAGUAAUGGAAAACAGCCUUGAGCCCAGCUUGAAGUAGCUGAAGCAGCACAGCUGACUCUGUGCUGUCUGCCAGGAUGGCAACACAGCAUGCUCAGUGCACCAUGUUUCCCACAUCACUUUAAUUUAAGGUGUGUAGCCUGACAAAGCUCUCCCUCUUUACUCCAUACUCGUAUGUUCUUUAACAAGUAAAAGAUCUGUAAUUUGUUAAACAGACAAUUACUGUCACUGUUCUGUAGUUACAAAGCAAAACAGACUAUACUGGAACAGUGUUCUAUCAUGACAUACAUACACUGUUUUCCAUCUAACUUCUGCACAACCAGACAGCAACAGAUAAGGAUUGCAACUGUCAUUUUCCCAACUGUAAUUAACACCAUCCAUUAGUGAUAGCUUAGGUCAAACUGCGUAAACUCUUCAGAUUAUGUCUUCCAAGGGAAAAACAAUCUACUUUUUUUAUUCCAUCAAGGAGAGAUUAAAUAAAUUCACAACCAUUACACUGGUAAAAAUCAGAUUCUGACAGUAACAAACAUUCAAUAAACAUUUUAUUUCAAUGCAAAUAACCACAACAUUCAGAUAUAGCAAUGCUCAUUUGUGCUGGGCCCUUUUGGGCUGUGAAGCUAGGGACCUCAUUAGGAUCAUAAUCAUGACACACUGAUUAGAGCAAGUAUUUUGUGACAGUUUAGCAAACAAAAAAUAACCACCACUACAAAGCUUAUGAAAAGAGCAACUUGGUAAAAGUUUAUCCCCAUCUUUCAGAAUAGGUGGUGAGGUUGUUUUGUUUUAAUUUUUUUUUUUCUUUCUGUUUUUAAAUAUAACAUAAUGACAUAAAGUUCCCAGGACAACCAAGUGUUUUUCAUUAAGACCCUUUCCUGGUCUGGCUAUGCCUAUCCCCCUCCUGCUCCUUUCUCCAAGGCCUACAGCCUCACAACUCCCACCGCUCACAUCUGUAGGACACAGAACACACAUUUCUGUACAUCUUUAUCUGCACUUGCCCACAGAAGUCCAUCAGUGCUUCUCCAAGUGCUGCAUCAUUCCAAAGGUCAUCUCUGUCUGCCUCCUGGUACUACAAUCGCAGACUUCACCCCAGUGGGUAUUACCCAGGAAUUUAAUCCUGAUAGUGCUACAGUACAAUUCUGUCUUACAGAACUGUUAAACGUACACAUCAAGGAGACAGAGCUCCGGCUUUCCUGUAAAAAAAAAUCUUGUUGUGAUCAGUUAUGUCACAGCUCUGAUGAAACACCAGCGAUCUUCAAAAGACAAGAUACCUCUGUAGAAAAGAGCUGCCUGAGAACUACUUUCACAACAGGAAAAUACAGGAAAAUGAAC